AUGAUACCACCACAUGUAGGAUCCUAUGUUACAUACUUGCGCCUUCCUACACCUGUUAUUUUACCAGUACAAACUCUAGCUUUUAUAUAUAUGGGAGUACUGUUUUUCGAUUAUUUUUUGAUAAAAACUGUACCGACUACUACACGCCAGACCAAAAUUAUCCUGCAUGUAUUUAUAGCAACAUAUCAUUUCAUACUUCCAAUUUUUAUCGCCUCAAAGUACGAUUUUGGAAAUAUAUCAUUUAUGGUUCAGCCAUGGAUUCUGGCGGCACAGAUUAUUUACCUUGCCAACAAAAAACAAAUAGCAGAUAUCAAGAGCAACAAGAACUCAACUUUGGUUGCUUUUAAAGGAUGGAUUACUCAGUUGGUAAAAAUUGCUACUUUUCAGGACGAAUCCAAAGCUAAUUUGAGCAAACAGCAGAUUAGAAUACGAGGCUUAAAGAAAACCGUUCGUGGUUUAGCCAAAUUUGCAUUUAUGAAAUUGCUGCUAGAUCCUGUGAUACUACCUAAAAAUUUGUCUACAAUCUUGAAGUAUCCAUUUUAUAGUUUUAAGGCUCUCUAUUUAACCUAUGCAUUGGGCUGGAAGAUUUAUUGUAUGAUGAGCGUGACGGAUAUUAUAAUGGGAGUAGCUCAAGCAAUUACAUUAAUAAGGUUCAAUGAUGUUUUUGAUAAUCCUUUCAUGUCAACAAGUCGCCGAUGGAAUCGACCAGUCAGCAGGCUAUAUCAUCAAUUUAUUUUUACACAGUUCACUCGCAAACAGUUAGUUGACGUUAAAAAAAGCGACGAGUUUCGAAAAUUGCAAGCUAUCAAACACCAAACAUCUAUAUUCAGUUUAGAUCCGACCAUUUGUGGUUUCCUUGUAUUUCUUCUUAGUGGGAUAAUACAUGAUUUCAUGAUAGCAGCUGCCGCCCGUAUAAUAACAUUCGAGCUUACGCUAUUCUUUCUUAUACAUGGUGCUGCAGUCGCUGUAGAAGUACAAACAAUCAAGAUGCGACGAAAGGCUCAUAAUAAUCAGUACAACCACAGUAAUCAUCGAUGGACGGUUAUAGCAUCGCGUGUGAUACGUAUCAUAUUGACAACGUUGUUCUUCCUAAUAACAGGAAGAUUGUUCAUCAAUCCUAUACUGCAGCAAGAAGUAUUUUUGAGAGUGGCUAGACAGUUCUAA